GGAAGUAGUAUCAUUUUCCUGUAACUGAAAAUGAAAGUGAAUAUGUUGGAAAAGAUACGUCGAGUUACAAUCUCGCUUUUUACAGAAGAAUAUAACUACAGUACAGAAAGACUUCAAGAGGAGUGUAAACACAGACAAGUCUGACUUUCAAAAGAAGAACGUAAAAUGGCAAAACCUUCAUCACCACAACUAAGAAAAUGCAAAAGGAAAAACAUGGACACACCAGUCUAUUUUUCUCAUGACUCCAGCAGUCUCCUGACUGAAGAGCAGCUGCUGUGUUCGAUCUGUCUGGAUGUGUUCACUGAUCCAAUCACCACUCCAUGUGGACACAACGUCUGUAAGAGCUGCCUUACACAGUGCUGGGACAAGAGUCAACACUGUCUCUGUCCAUUAUGUAAAGAGGAAUUCACCAAGAGACCUGAACUGAAGAUUAAUACAACACUGAGAGAGGUUGCAGAUCACUUCAAGAAGAAAAGAGGUUCUGAAAAACCUGAGGUUCUUUGUGAUGCCUGCAGUGGAGAGAAGCUGAAGGCCCUGAAAUCCUGUCUGGAUUGUGUUUUGACAUUGUGUAAGUCUCAUCUAGAGCCUCAUAAUCAUGUUCCAAGACUUAAGAAGCACAAACUAAUAAACCCUGUGGAGAACCUGGAGGACUACAUAUGCCAGAAACAUGAGAGAGCUCUGGAGCUGUUCUGUAGAGAUGAUCAGACGUGUGUGUGUCAGUUCUGUACUGAAGGAGACCACAAGAAUCACAACACUGUUCCUAUAGAGGAGGAGAGCAGAGAGAGGAAGACUCAGCUGAUGAAAACACAGACAGAUGUGCAGCAGAUGGUUCGGGACCGACAGAAAAAGAUAAAAGAGAUUAAAGACUCAGUAAAGCUAAGCAAAAGAAGCACAGAGAAAGAGAAAGCAGACAGUGUUGAAGUUUUAACUGCUCUCAUUCGCACCAUUGAGAGAAGUCAGACUGAGCUGCUGGAGGUGAUGGAGGAGAAGCAGAAAGCAGCAGAGAGGCAGGCUGAAGGACUCAUUAAAGAGCUGGAGCAGGAAAUCAGUGUGCUAAAGAGGAGAAACACUGAGCUGGAGCAGCUCUUACACACUGAGGAGCAUCUCCACCUCCUACAGGUUUACUCCUCCAUGUGCAGCCCUCCACACACCAAGAACUGGACUGAGAUCAGUAUUAACACUGAUGUGAGUGAGGACACUGUGAGGACAGCUCUGUCUCAGCUUCAGCAGACUCUGAAUGAGAAACUCACUAAAACACUCGAUGACAAGUUAAAGGAAACAGUUUCCACAGAACUGAAGAGGAUUCAGCAGUAUGCAGUUGAUGUGACUCUGGAUCCUGAUACAGCAAAUCCAUAUCUCAUCCUGUCUGCUGAUGGAAAACAAGUGACUUAUGGAAAGAAGUUUAAGAAUCUCCCUGAUACACCACAGAGGUUUAAUGCAAGUCCGUGUGUUCUGGGAAAGCAGAGUUUCUCCUCAGGGAGAUUUUAUUAUGAGGUGCAUGUUAGAGGGAAAACUAAGUGGGCAUUUGGAGUUGUGAGAGAGAACAUUAACAGGAAGGGGUGGAUUAUUCUGACUCCUCAGAAUGGAUUCUGGGCUGUGGGUCUGAGGAACGAGACUCAGUAUAAGGCAUGUAACGAUCCAUUUGUCUCCCUCACACUGAGAGAGAAGCUGGAGGUUGUGGGGGUGUUUGUGGAUUGUGAGCAGGGUCUGAUCUCCUUUUAUGAUGUGAAGUCCAGAUCUCAUAUAUACUCUUUCACUGGUCAGGUAUUCACUGAGAAACUCUAUCCAUACUUCAGUCCUGGUUUAAAUGAAAGAGGUGAAAAUUCAGCACCACUGAUCAUCUCUCCUGUAUUUAAGACUAAAUGAAUUUUCACCUCACAAAUUUAAUCAUCUAGUAAACAGUUAGAAUAAAACAAAAUCUUUUACUUUUACUGGUAUAUUGUAGAAAUAUUUAAUACUGGGGGGUUUUUUUGCAGGGUGGAAAAACAAAUCCUCUAUCUGCUGUAAAUCUCAUCUGUUGGUACAAAGAUGAGAUUAUGUCUUCUAUCAAAAAUGUUCUUAUCUUGUUUUUCUUUGCCAAUUUUACAGAAAUAUCCUGCAUCCUUUAUAUAAUGUUUUAUUGGAUUAAAAUUUUUAUUGGAAUAAUG